UUGUCGAUUUGUUGUUUUAGGGGAGGACGAAUCUGUUUGUCGGAUCAUUUCAAACCGUUGUGGGCCCGAAAUGUUCCGAAAUUUGGCAUCGCCCAAGCGUUUUCGCUGGGACUGGGGCCAUGGUUAGCUGUGGAAGUGCCGGAUCUUGUUGCGCGUGGUGUGAUACAGCCGAAAGCUGCUUGA